UUGCAGAAUUGGCAGCAACAGAUCAAAGAAGACCUGAAACGGCAGAAAGAGGCAGCGUGCUUCAAAGCUAAUCCAAACACCAUUGUGCACCAGGAGCCUUUUGUGCCAAAGAAGGACAGCAAGCCAAUAGCAGAGAACCUUUCUGGUUCCAUAGUUGCUGAAAGCUUUGAGCUGGCGACAGAAAAGAGAGCAAAAGAGCGUCAAGAGUUCGAAAAGCGACUCGCUAUGUUGGAAACUGAAAAAGAGAAGCUUCAAGAAGAGGAAAGACAGCAGGAGGCUGAGCGGGAGAAAGAAGAACUCUCCAGGCUGAGACAGGAACUGGUACACAAGGCAAAUCCAGUUCGCAAGUACCGCAGUCUGGAGGUGAAGCCAAGUGACCAGCCUCUGACAGUGCCAAAGUCUCCAAACUUUUCUGACCGAUUUCGGUGUUGAUCUGCACCAAUGUGUAGGAGCCCUCCUUUCCCAGCCUCUUGGGUAUAGAGAAAACACAUGCAUCUAACUUGGGACUCCUCUUAAAUUAAUGCCGGCCUCCAUUAUUUUAUUUGAUAUUGAGUAGCUUUAACAAUUUCACAGAGGCAAAUGGCUGAAAUGUGCUGUGCCUGGAUAGAGAUCACCAGUCAUGUGGCUUCACUCAACAUGUAGAGAUGUUCCUCUUAAAGACCGAGCCAGGUUUUAAUAGUACACGA